UAUUUGUAUGAGCGUCUGAUUACAAUCCGUUGGCUCCGAGUGAUACGGUCGUCGCGCAUCCACAGCGGAAUGUCUCGCGGUCUAUGUUUUCCGUCUUACAUUCGUUCGGCUGUCGUAGUUUUCACGCACAUAUCCGUCCGGCCGACGUGAUCACAACGCAACCACGGUUAUUUCGAAGCAGCAGCAGGUACAACCACUCACGCACACGUCCGGGCCGUUUUGUCUGCGAGUUUUUUGUGCCGUUACACCCACGGACGCCAAACGCGGGGCCGGUGUUGUGUCGGUGUUGACAUUAUUAUUAUUAUUUUUUUCUUUGACCCUCUCAUCGUUUACCGAACCGUCGCACAUAUUUGUUUCAUCGUUCGUCGUCCGUCUGACCAUUACCACGUUUUGUUCUUGUCGAUCCAGUGAUGUGUGCGUGACGUGACCGAACCAUGAGCAACCGUCCAUCCUACUACCACAACCAUUCGUCGUUCUCCAACAAUUCCCUGGCCAUCUGCAAAGAAAUCCAGCGUUUUGAGAGCGUUCACCCGUCCAUAUACGCCAUUUAUGAUCUCAUCGAGCUCAUACCCGAUCCAAUUGUUGCUCAACAAGUCAGAGACCAUGUCGUUUGUAUUGAAGAUUCGUUUGUAAACAGCCAAGAAUGGACUUUGUCUCGGGCUGUACCGGACCUACGUCUAGGCAUCGUCGGUUCGUUAUCAUCCGGCAAAUCGGCGCUGGUGCACCGGUACCUGACUGGCUCGUACAUGCAGGAAGAAAGUCCGGAAGGUGGUCGGUUCAAGAAAGAGAUAUCAUUGGAUGGCCACAGCCACCUUUUGUUGAUCAGAGACGAGGGUGGUUCGCCAGAACUACAGUUUACUGCUUGGGUGGACGCAGUCAUAUUCGUGUUCAGCCUGGAAAACGAGGCGAGUUUCAACGCCGUAUACGGGUACUACACAAAAAUGGCACACUACCGCAACUCCGCCGAGGUACCGUUGAUCUUGGUUGGCACACAGGAUGCGAUAAGUGAAACGAAUCCUCGGGUAAUCGACGAUACAAGGGCCAGGAAAUUGGCGGCAGACCUUAAACGAUGUUCGUAUUACGAGACGUGCGCUACGUAUGGUUUGAACGUGGACCGGGUGUUCCAAGAUGCUUGUCAGAAAAUCAUUCAGCAGAGGCUUUCCACGUCCACCAACUGCCUGUCAGACUCCCGUUGCUCGACUCCCGCGUCCUCGUCAACCACCACUCCGGUCGGAUUAUCGUCCUCGUCAUACAACCACCACCAUCUGUCGUCGCCGGCAACUGCCGCGGCUGGCUCGCGGACCUUCUCGCAGGCCUCGUCGCCGUCUCCGACCGUGCACGGCGGCGGCGGAGCUUCGUCGCCAGCACAUCACGGCGGAGCGUUCAAGGAAUCUGUGCUCCGGUCCAACCUAUCGUCGACGCUAAACCGACAACCGCUGGAGCUCUCCAUAGCGCUGGACAACAACAACGUGUCGACGAAAAACACGGUGUUCGAUGGGCUCUCGGUACCCAAAGACUUACCCACGCCCAGUUCCACGCCCACGACCACCAGAAAGACGAGGAGACGGUCGAAUUUGUUCAACCCGUCCAAGAAAGAUGACAAGAAUCGGUGCCUAACCACCGGUGAGCUGGGCAGUGGCCGAGCGAUACCUCUGAAGCAAGGUUACUUGUACAAGCGCAGCAGCAAAGGCCUGAACAAGGAAUGGAAAAAGAAAUACGUUACGCUGUGCGACGACGGACGUCUGACGUACCAUCCGAGCCUGCACGACUACAUGGAAGACGUGCAUGGCAAAGAGAUAUCGCUACAGUACGUCACGGUUAAGGUGCCCGGUCAAAAACCCAGAGGUUCGAAGACGAUCAUGUCGUUGUCGUCGACCAAUCACCACCACGGCAGCAGCAACGGCAUAUCCGAACACAUGUCUAACAUAUCGAUAUCGAAUUUCCAAAUGAAAGACAAGCGGACGGCCGACAAAGUGAUGCUCACUGCUUUCGAACUGCUCAAAGAACCCAGCUAUAAGAACGGCGGUUCAGCUAAUUGUGACGAAUCUACUGUGGGAAUGUCGAACAUUUCAUUGUCGGUAAACAACGGUGAACUCAAAGCCGAAACGCCUAACGUGAAGAAGAGACACAGGCGUAUGAAAAGCAGCAACAUUAAGAAUCAGGAAUGCGAAGACACCGAUGGAUACGAAUUUUUAAUCGUUUCGUUGGACAAUAAACAGUGGCAGUUUGAAGCUAACAGUUCAGAAGACCGGGACGAAUGGGUCGCCGCUAUCGAACAACAAAUUCUCAACUCCUUACAAAGCAAUGAAAUUAUUAAAGUGAACGUCGGUGGUAAAUUCGGUUCGUCAUGCAAUCGCUCGGAAGACGUGCAGAGCAUCCGGACGCGGGUGCCCGGCAAUGGCCAGUGCGCCGACUGCAAUUCACCGAAUCCAGAUUGGGCCAGUUUGAAUCUCGGUAUACUCAUGUGCAUCGAAUGUUCGGGUGUGCACCGUAACUUAGGUUCGCAUAUAUCCAAAGUCCGGUCGUUAGAUUUAGAUGGUUGGCCACCGUCUCACCUCAAGGUAAUGAUGGCAAUGGGCAACGAUCUGGCGAAUUCAGUCUGGGAGUCGAACGUCCGACCCAAUCGAACCAAACCGAACCCGGGUUCGAGCCGAGAAGAGAAAGAACUGUGGAUACGCAGCAAGUAUGAAACAAAAGAGUUCCUACCGGCAAUAGCGCACACGGCCAACCUGUCGCAACAGCUUAUCGACGCCGUGUACAGAUGUGACAUGAAAGCACUCACGCUGGUGUUGGCCCACGCCACUGCUGACCAGGUCAAUUGCGUCGUCGGCCACCGAGACUUGCGCACGCCCUUGCACCUGGCCUGCUCCAUGAUCAACCUUCCUAUAGCUCAGCUUCUCCUAUGGUACAAAGCCAACGCCAAAGCGGUGGACCACGAGGGUCGGACGUGUCUGCAACAUGUACGGGCUGCUUGCCGCAACGGUUCAGCAAACGUCCAAGACGCUGGCCCAUUGACGGAACUUCUCGUGCAAAACGGUUGUCCCGAAAACGGCACCAGCACAUUAACGAGACCCUUGGACAUACUUCCGUCCAGCGUUAUCUGAUUCCUCGACGUACUGUUUAACGCUCACGCGCGCGCACACCAAUUCGUGUACUCUAGUAUUUAGCGUCUCCGUUAGAAUGUUUUGUGCGCGUGCGACGAUGCUUGAACGUAUGUUAUAUUAUAUUAUAUAAAUAAUAAUAAUAAUAAUAAUAAUAAUUAAUGAAUACCACGCUGUGAUAACCUUAUAAAUUAUAGUGUAAACACGUCCAUGUGUCUAGUCGUUUGUUCAAUUCGUUUGUACCAGGGUAACGACACAAAUCAGAUGGACAACCCACAUCGCGUCCGUGACCUGUAUUAUUAUUAUUGUUUACUAUUUUAUAACAAUUGUGUUAAUUGCUUAUUAUUUUAGAUUAGUAUUAUAUUAU